AUGAACCCCGAGUAAUACGACUACCUCUUCAAGCUGCUGCUCAUCGGUGACUCCGGUGUCGGCAAGUCCUGCCUGCUCCUUCGCUUCGCCGACGACACCUAUACCGAAUCCUACAUCUCCACUAUCGGUGUCGACUUCAAAAUCCGGACCAUCGAGCUCGAUGGCAAGACGGUGAAGCUCCAGAUUUGGGACACCGCCGGUCAGGAGCGGUUCCGCACCAUCACCUCUUCCUACUACCGCGGCGCCCACGGCAUCUGCGUCGUCUACGACGUGACCGACAUGGACAGCUUCAACAACGUCAAGCAGUGGCUGCAGGAGAUUGAUCGGUAUGCCACUGAGGGCGUCAAUAAGCUGCUGGUCGGCAACAAGAGCGACAUGACCGACAAGAAGGUGGUCGAGUACACCGUUGCGAAGGAGUUCGCCGAUAGCUUGGGUAUCCCGUUCCUGGAGACAUCGGCCAAGAACGCCAGCAACGUUGAGCAGGCCUUCCUGACCAUGGCUCGCCAGAUCAAGGAGCGCAUGGGCAGCACUAUGGCCGCCAACAACACGAAAGCGAGCGUCAAUGUCGCUCCCGGACACGGCGUGUCCAACAACCAGUCGGGCGGCUGCUGCUAA